GAUGAAUUGGGGUCACUUUCCGACCAAACUCCUUACGGCCUUGUUCUCUGCGCCACAGCUUUAAUCUGUUGUGCUCAAAGACGUGGGCAUAUCGGACCUCGAAGGCUUCCACGCAUUCUUGCACCGAUGCUCUGGAAUGAAGGAUCCCGCGCCAUUAAGUGUAACACUCACGUCCCCGUACCCAAUGGAUGCUGAACUAGAGGGGUUCCCACUAAAAGUGUUAGAGGUCCGCUGUAGGGAUGAGCAUCACCCUAUCUUCGUCAGAUCAACUGUUCUUUGUUCAAUGGAGUCGUUGAGGGAGUUGCGUCUGUUUUUCUUGCAAGCCGUUGCACCCACGCCCCCAUCCUUUGUACUUCCAGUAUCUCAUCUACAGUCAAUUGCCUGUGACCUAGGCGAUAUACUUGGCAUGCCGAUAGGCCCGGUACCGAUCCUCCAAUGGUGGAUAUCCAACUUUCAAGCGCAGAAUAAUCAAGUCGAGAAGAUCACGAUUCGCGUUUAUCUAAACAUUGCCAGCGGCGAAUUGAAAGAAAAAUCCGCUCCUCAGUGGCGCGAGCUUGACCGGGUGCUUUUGACAAAGGCUCCGAAGCUUCGAAAGGUCCAGGUUAUCUUGACGCUUCACAAUGAGGGAUACGGUGACCUGAUGACUGAGACUCAGCUGGUCGUUAUGGAUAAUUUGAAGGGCAUUAGGAAGAUGCAUGUUGAGCUGGAAUUCCGGAUGGUCUUACAGUCGGAGACUGACCAUGCCGAGUAAGUUUCUUCAUUGUCUGCUUACUCCAUAUAGGAGUUGAUUUUUUCCUGGAGGAGCAAAACGACUUUGGCUUGUGAUGGAGAGGAAUAGGUUUGUAUUACACCUUUGCCUACCUCGGUCUUGUGGCGUGUAGCAAGUAAUCGUUCGCUAUCAGAUGUUACUGAUCGAUUCAUGCAAUGAUGGA